AUGGCGCAACUCCCAGACCAGCACACCCGUACAAACGAGCAGCCGCCCGACUACAUACGGUAUCACGUGGAAUGGAAGUUAUCGGUGAAUAAUAGGCAGAAAUCGGGUGAAUCGGAACCAGGUGUGGUGAUCUCGCCACGAAAGUUUUGGAAACAUGUUCUACGAUCGAAGUUGCAAGCCGCUGUAGAAAAGAGCCCUAAGCCUUGGGAGCCUGCCGAGACGAAGAUCAUUCUAUCUGUAACCGAUCGAAAGACGAGCAGCAUAACCAAGCGAUUCCCAAAGUUAGAUAUUCAGUGGUCAUACGUGGCGGAGCAGCUACAAGAUUGGAGCCACUUCUUACGUGACGGCAAGAAGCUCUCAGCACAAGUUACAUUCUACUAUGUAGAAGAAAGUGGUAAGGUCGCCGCAACUGGCCGGGGGGCCACUGCUACUAAGCUUAUCGAGAGCAACGCUCGAAGAGAUGCCGAGGCGGCCGUUGUAGGUCGGACAGACAGCUGGAGGCGCGUGAUGGCCCUUGUACGAUGCCCGGGACCGCCGUGCAAUAAAGGACCGUACUGCUGGCAGGACGGGACAAAGCACUAUAAAUUACUAAGUCACCACUUGAAGAUCCUUGUUGAUGAGACACAGAAAGGUUGCAAUAUGCAGACUCAUAAUGACAUACCAGAACGUAUUCGAACGGAGCUAUACGCAGAAGAGCAGCAAGAAGGGGAGCGCGCGCGCAAGCGGACACGGCAGGAUCCAGGCAGCUCACCAGUUGGUCUUCCAGUGAUUCAUAUUCAUAACGCCCCAGGCGAUGGUCGUAUUUCCAAGGCUGGUCCUAAUGACCCUCCUACACCUGACAUGAUCUUCCCAACAUCACCCACCUUUCACGUCCAGGGAUCGAGAGAGGACAUGGUCAAGUCCUAUGUUAUGUGGCAGCAGUCUCAAGUUAGCAGCCAGGAGCAAAAAAGCUCCUGCAGCUUGGCUCAGGACUUGACCCUGAAUGAGGGCCUUAGUCUUGAGAUGGUCUACUGUAACCAAAAGAGGUUCUUUCGAUUCUAUAAGGAGCAUGGUGUUUUAAAGGGCGUCGCAUGGCAUUUUGUAUGUGAUAUUAAGUUUUUUCAGGGCUCGCUAAAGAUGGAUAAUCUAAAUGAUGACAGUGAAUGGACGUGA